AAUGCAUAUCAAGAUGAUUCAACACAGAACAUUUAGAAAGCAUGCCAGCAUGCACCUGGAACCUGCCAUAGUGUAUAAAUGGAAAAAGGAACAGGAAGAAGUCAAGCCAGGGGGACAAAGUUAUAUUUGGUGGUGAUAUGAGAGCAGACUCACCAGUUUACAUCACAGAUCAACAUGCCUGAACCAGCGAAGUCCGCACCGAAGAAAGGCUCUAAGAAGGCCGUUACUAAGACCGCCGGUAAGGGAGGAAAGAAGCGUAAGAGGUCCAGGAAGGAGAGUUACGCUAUCUACGUGUACAAAGUGCUGAAGCAGGUUCAUCCUGACACCGGGAUCUCCUCCAAGGCGAUGGGCAUCAUGAACUCCUUCGUCAACGACAUCUUCGAGCGCAUCGCCGGUGAGUCGUCUCGUCUCGCUCACUACAACAAGCGCUCCACCAUCACAUCAAGAGAGAUCCAGACCGCCGUGCGUCUGCUGCUGCCCGGUGAACUGGCCAAACACGCCGUGUCUGAGGGCACAAAGGCCGUCACCAAGUACACCAGCUCCAAGAUCAUACACUCUCACUGUUUAUCUGUGAUGGAAUGAGCUUCUAACCUCCACAAGAUCUGCUGAAACCAUCUUUUAAAAAAACAGAAAACAUAUCUACUGCAAGCACUUAAGCAAUCCACAGUAACUGCACUAUUUAAAACUUAC